AUGCUGCUUCGCGUAUUUCUUUUUUUCUGGAGGGGAGGACAAAAGAGAGAGAAGAAGAAGAAGAAGAAGAAGAAGAAGAAGAAGAAGAAGAAGAAGAAGAAGAAGAAGAAGAAGAAGAAGAAGAAGAAGAAGAAGAAGAAGAAGAAGAAGAAGAAGAAGAAGAAGAAGAAGAAGAAGAAGAAGAAGAAGAAGAAGAAGAAGAAGAAGAAGUACUCUCACCCACGAUAA